AUGUCGACACUAUCAUUACUCAGAGCUGGAAAGCAGCACUGGAAACAUGCCUCAGGAGUUGACGAGCUCCUCAACAGUGAUGCACUGCAGAGUCGUACCAUCAAGUUCAACGAGACGUCUGUCCUGCGCUCCUGCUGCUCAGCCUGCGAAACCAAGUUGAGAGAGCUGUACAAGAAGCUUGCCAAAGAGGGCAACGGGAGAAUGUCGCGCUAUCUGUGGCCCCUGAGCGAAAAGGAACACGAGAAGGCUGUUCAGAGCGUCCGAAACUUCACCACAUGGAUACAGCUCGCCCUCUAG